AUGUCGUUCCCACGUCGCGCGCCGAGAGUUGCCGGGCUCAGGGAGCCUGCCUCCCUUUUACUGCCUCUUGACGACCCUGAUUCCCAACCACCCAGUAAUAAGCGGUUGCGUCUUGAGGAACCGAGUUGCAUUUCUGAGGCGAGGUGGAGGCUGCCUUUGGCGCCUCGCUUGUCUGAGGCGGAAAAAGUCUGGGAGCCAUCGCCCAGACCCUUCAAGGCGCUCCUGGUUUCUGCUAAAGAGCCUUUUGAUAACUCCCCGGACUCGUGUGUGGAGAAAUCCGUCAGUGAGAAACAGAUAUGUAAUCUGGGGUGCCAAAAUAGCAAAUUUGAGAUGAGUAGUUGUUUGCCGUCUCUCCCUACACAAAAUCUUGAUUCUGGUUUGAAGUCUUCCAGAAGGUCUUGUGAACCAGGACUGUAUUUCAGAGAGGUCUUCAGUGUUUAUUGCAGUGAUAGAUCUGAAGCAGAGGCUGGUCAGCUGCCCAACACCUCUGUGUAUGAUAUUCAUGGGAUUAAAAACGACGAUGGAAAACAAUAUUUAGUCCAAGGGAGAGACAGCAGUCAGAAAGACAAUAAUUACACACAACAGACAGAAAAUCCAUUUUUAGAUGUUACUUUUUACAAGGAAACCAACUCAACAUUUCAUAAUAUUAAGAACAGAUGUAAAGCUGACAGUGUUAUGCCAUCGAAUAGAAAAGAAAUUAGCGUUUCAGCAUCCACACUAAAAAUAUCAAAAUCUCAAAACCAGCCCAGCAUAGAAAUUGCCAAAACCAGUUAUUUUAGAGAUAGCAGCACAAUGAGUCUUCCUGAGUUUCCAACUGAUUUAAAUAGCAAAAUGUCCUCUGUCUAUUUAAAGGAACUAGCAAAGAAAAAUGACAAAAAUGAGGCAUAUGUUAGAGAUUUCACAAACAUUUACUGGUCUCAAAAUAGACCUGAUGUUAAGAGGCAAAACUUAGAGGAUGACAAAAAAACUAUGGAUGCAGAAAAUAUUUUUUCUGAAUGUUAUGAAAGUAACCACCAGUCACGCAAUAAUCAAAGUGUUUGCAUAAGAAAAAAAGGCUUGAUCAGUUUACACUAUUAUAACCACAGUAGUAUCAAGUCUGAUGUAAGAGACUCUGCAAAGAAUUUCAGUAUAAAACUAGAAAACGCAAACUGGGAAGAAGCAGAGUUGUGCUUGGACCGUUACAUAUUUCCCAGAUUAGAAAACUCGCAAGGAUGGGACUAUAAUAUUAGACAUAUUUUAAGAAAAAAUAGGGAAAAUUGUUGGGUUGUGGAUAAUUACAAAACUAAGUGCACAAAUGUGAAAAAACCUAGAGAAAUACUGAAUUUGCAAGAAUUAUUAGAAAUAGAUCUUUUAAGCAGAGAAGAUUAUUACAAUACAAAAGCCAUGACAACGUAUGAAGAACAAUCAGAACCUCUCAUAAUAGGAACACUGGGUAGUCAAAAAGUUUUAAUAAAAUUUUUUUGGUUAAAAGGUAAAGAAGAAAAUGGUAAUAUGCUACAGUUGAAAUGUUACAUUACACAAAAAGACUUUUAUUUAAGCAAUAUUUUUGAAAGUUUCAUUGCAGAAGUUUUUUAUUUCCAUAAAAGUAUUUCAGGAAACCAAAGAGAUAGUAGUAUUUUAAUCUGGUAUGAAAUUUUGAAGUAUAAAAAGCAAACUGAUGUUCAAAAUCAAAUAACUGGGAAUGAGAAUGUCAAUAGAAGGAAUGAUAUUUUAAGCAUAUAUUUACAAACCAGUGUUGCAGAUCCUCUCAGUAUUAUAUGGAAAACCAACAUACCUUCUUUGCUCAAUAACUUGGACUCUUUAACAAUAAAUGAAAACGGUUCUAAAUUAGAAGAGGGAUGCGUUUUCAAAUGGAUAAUGUAUUUGAAUUAUCCAAAAAAUGUUACAGUGGAAAACCAUAUUAUAUAUCUAGCUAGAAUUUUAACUUUUUCAAGACUAUUAGAAGAUAAUAUGAAACCUAUGUUAGAGAAAAGAAAGCUAUUUAAAACUGAACACAUUUUUGAAGAGUCUAAGAGAAAACUUACCAGUUCCUUUAGUAUGACAACUAAAAACAUGCAUUUUCCAAUUUUUGAAACAUAUGAAAAAAUUCCUCUUUUUAUGGACUUUGAUGACAUCAAUGAAUUUUUUUUAACAAAAGGAACUAGUUACAAGAAUAAGAAUUGUCUUAAACAACUCACGAAUGUGGAAAAUUGGAUUCACUGUAGUCCUAAAGUUGUUAAAACAUAUGUUAAGUCUGGUCUUCGAUUUAUACAGAAUGACCAGAAAUAUAUUAAUAAAAAAACUUAUGAAAUAAACAUACAGAACCAAGAUUUAUAUACUGGAGGGGAAAAAAAGCAUAAUCAGAUCAGUAGAUUUAAUUUUAAAUACAUAUUUGAAGAUUUCUUCAAUAUUAGGCAACAGGCUAUACCAGCAAGCUAUAGCAAAAAGCACAGUGAACAAAUCACUCCCAGGACUAUAACUCAGGUGCUAAAUUUUGGAAACUUGCUAAGUGAAAUUGAAGACAGAAAACAUGACUUAAUUUUGAAGGAGGAAGUAAAAGUCACAGCACAAAGUUUAAUAAAUGGUUGCCAAGUUCAUGAAGAUAUUAAGAUAAAAAAGGAAGAGAAAAAUAUUUUUUAUUCAAUGGAGGACAUGGUUUCUAUGCAACCAGUUUUAUUAACGAGUAAGAAAGUAGAUAUGGAAGAAACUAAGUAUGUUAAUCAAAAUAAUGUAGCUGACAGAAAUGAAUAUGAGAGUAUUUUGCAAGAAAGUGAGUUAGCUAAUUCAAGGCAUUUUCAUCCAGAGAAUGACUCCUCAGAAUGUGUCAAUCGUCAAUUCGAAACUCAUUCAAGUGUAGGGAACAAUGAAUGUUUUCAGGACUUAACUGCCAAGUGUUUAUCCACAGCCUCUGUGACAAUAGUAAACGAUUUUGAGAUGAAGAGUAAAUUUGAUUUAGUACUUGAAGAACUUCGUAUGUUUCAUGAAAUUAGUAAGGAAAAUGAAAUUCUAACCACUGUGGAAACCAACAAUGGGCAAGAAAAUUACUUUGGAGAAAAUAGUGAUGUUGAGGAGGUAACAAUGAAGAUAAGAAAGGGUUUGAAAAUGGGUCCCAAUAUGCAUAAGAAACACCAAAGUUUAUUUAAAUGGAAAACAGUAUCCAAAAAUGGAGAACAUGAAGUUCGUAGUGAAAAUUGCUCUCUAAGAACAUCAGAGGAAGAAUUACUCUAUUCUACUUCUGAGGAAGAUUGUGAAAAACCUUCACCUAAGAGGCCAGCUUUUUUCUCGGAUGAAUUUAAGGAAGAAAAAUUUAAUUAUUCACUGAAGGGAGGUAGUAAUUUUUCACAUGGAAUUUCAAGAGUACUACCUCUUAAGACAUGCAGUCGACCAAUCAGAAUUGGUUUGUCAAGAAAAGCUAAGCUUAAACAACUCCAUCCCUAUCUGAAAUAA